UAACAUGUAAAUAUAUUUUGAAGUAUCUAACCAAGUAGUAAUUGUACAUAAAUAAAUGUUAUUUUAAAAAUUGAUGGGAAAUGCUUUUGAAAAGCCUGAAAAAUUAUCAAGGGUUAAAAUUGCAAAGUCGAGUUGUGAAGAACGAGAAAUUGAAUUUUUUGCGUAUGGUUCAAAAUCAACUAGUUUUUUUUCCAAUCGAUCAUUUCAAAGUAAUCGGACAAAUUUUUCAGUGUCAUCUGUUAGAUGUUCAAAAACACGAUGGCCUAGGCCAUCACAUAUAACUAUUUUUAUAACGCAUUUUAAAUUAUCAUCUGAGGAGCAAAAAUUCACUAAACAGACUUUAAUUGCAAAAGGAGCUUUUGGUACUGUAAUUAAAGUUUUAGACGAAUGUAAUCAAGAAUAUGCUUUAAAAAUAUUAAAAAAAUCCCUUAUAAUUCAAGAAAAUUGUGUUGAACAAAUUAAGACAGAAGUUGAUAUUCAUAAGGUAUGUAGUCACCAUCCUUUUAUAGCAACCUUUAUAGCUUGUUGGCAAAAUCGUCAUAAUGUAUUUAUACUUUCGGAAUAUGUGCCAAAAGGAGAACUUUUUAAUAAGAUAUGUAAUUUUUCAUUCGAAUUAAUUAGAUUAUAUGUAGCUGAAAUAUCGCUAGCUUUAGAUUUUCUACAUAAUGCUGGUAUAAUAUAUCGUGAUCUAAAACCGGAAAACAUUUUACUCUCUGAAAAUUAUCAUAUAAAGCUAAUAGAUUUUGGACUUAGUAAAUGGCUGAAGAUUGGAAACAGAACAAAAACAAUUUGUGGAACUUUUCAAUAUAUGGCUCCUGAAAUUUUACGUGAAGAGUAUUAUGACCACGCUGCAGAUUGGUGGUCACUAGGCGUAAUUACAUGUAGAAUGCUCUUAAAUGAGUAUCCAGAUAUACGAACAAUAUUGAAUAGCGAAUCUAUAAUAAAAAUAGGAACUGAUCAAAGUGAAAUGAAGUACAAUGUUGAUUUAAAUUUUUUUCCAUAUGAGUUUGAUUGUCUGUCAUCAGAAGCAAAAGAUUUACUUAAACGUUUAUUAAAUUUAAACCCCAAAAAUCGUAUUAAUUCAGUUUUGAAAUUAACAAGAAUAGCUUUUUUUAAAAACUUUAAUUUUAAGUUAGAAGCAUUACAACAAAUGUUACCAAAUAUGUUAGAACAAGAGGUAAUAAAAAAUAAUAUGAUCCCAAUUUAUGUAUAGAAAU